AUGAAAGGCAUCAGCUACCUUACCGCCGCCUUUCUGGCCGUUCUGUCCGCCGAUGCUAUCCCAACGGGACCAACCCUCCAAAAAAAGGCAGACUCAAGCAAAGUGGGCUACCUGGCUGUCUACUGGACUACCGCAGCCAACCGUGUGUAUUUCGCCCUUAGCAGCAACGAUGACGCCCUAGGGUUUAAGGCUAUCAAUGGAAACAAUCCGAUUGUGUCACCUACGCUUGGGACACAAGCCGUUCGGGACGUCUCUAUCAUUACCGGACAAGGUGACGAUGCCGGAAAAUACUACAUUCUCGGUACUGAUUUGAAUAUUGAUACGACAACCUGGGACGCUAGCACCCGCAACGGAUCUCGCGGAAUCUUUGUCUGGGAGAGCACAGAUUUGAUCACUUGGACAAAUGAACGGCUGGUGACAGUUGAGGGUAAAACAGCUGGAAUGGCUUGGGCUCCCGAUGCAUAUUGGGACUCCUCGAAAGGACAAUACUUUGUUCACUGGGCUGCACAACUGUAUUCUGCGGAUGACAUCGAUCACGCCGGUGAUCCUACUCUAAACACCAGUUUGCGGUAUGCCUACACCAGCGACUUCAAGACAUUCACCACACCAGAGACAUAUGUGUCACUCGGCGACACCAGUGUAAUUGAUAUGGCCCUCCUCGAAGAUGAGAACACGCUCACACGAUUCUAUGUCACGGGAGGGGGUCCAGUGGAACAGACCAGUACCAAUGGACUUUUUGGUGAUUGGACUACGGCUAAGGGCAUGAUCAAGGAUAGCACUGGGUAUGAGGCGCCGUAUGCAUUCUGGGAUAACGUGGAAGAUGGAUUGGUAUACCUCCUCUGUGACAAGGUCGGUGAUGAUGCUGGGAAUCACGCGUGGCAGUCGACCGAUGAGGCUUCCGGUGCAUUUACCGUGGAUAACAUCCACGACUUAACUUUCAUGCGGCAUCUGUCAGUUCUGCCAGUGACCCAGGGCCAGUAUGAUACAUUACUGGAGUUAUAA